AUGACAGAAGUUCUCAGCAGCACGUCCGCUAUACCGCCGUCAGGCUAUGAGGACAGUAGCAAGUAUGUCUACUUCCACUCCGGGACGGAAGCAACAUACCGCAAAGUAGCGGACAAUCCUACGGGCUUCACCUCCAUCCCUACCAUUGACAUUGCCAACAUCGAUGGCAACCUGGAGCAGCGUGAAGCAAUUGCGAAGAAGAUACACGACGCCUGUUCAUCAUGUGGUUUCUUCUACAUCAAGAACACCGGGAUUCCUGAAUCAGCAAUGUCGGAUGUCUUUGCUUUAUUGAAACGGUUCUUCGCCCUCGACCUCGAAACCAAAAUGGACGCACACUCGCAGAAGAACCCGGCAAUUCGCGGCUAUGAGCCAAUGGGCGAGACCAAGCUUGAUCCACGGACCAAGGGAGAUGUAAAAGAGGCCUUUACGAUGGGUGACUGCUUCAUAGAUGCUGAGCAACGCUACACCGAGAAGACAGGCAAACAGCCGCCAUACGGUGUCACACAAUCGCAAAACAUCUGGCCGGAGAAAGCACCUUGGUGGAGAGAGGGCGUGUACCAGUAUUACAAUUUGGUCUUCCCAUUGGCGAUGAAGCUCGUCAAAAUCCUGGCACUGGCAUUCGACCAGGAAGAGACUGCAUUCGAUUCGAUGUUCAAGUUCCCGAUAACCGGCAUGCGGCCGCUGUACUACCCACCAACUCCCGUAGAUGAAGACGCCAACAGCGUCGGCUUAGGCGCACAUUCAGACUUCUCCUGGCUCACGCUGGUGUUACAGGACAAUGUGACAGCGCUCGAAGUGCUGAACCAAGACGGUCUGUGGGUUGAUGCGCCACCGCAGCCAGGCACAUUUGUAUGCAACGUCGGCCAGUAUUUGGAGCGGCAGAGCAAUGGCAUCUUCCCAGCAACAGUGCAUCGAGUGCGGAAUAAGACCGGCCAGGCGCGAUACUCGUUGCCGUUCUUCUUGACGCCUGAUCUCGACGCCACAGUCGAUGUUCUGGACUGCUGUAUAGGUGAUGAGGGCAAGAAGUACGAGGCUGUGGAUGUAGGAGACCUGUACAUUCGACGAGUGCUACCCGCAAGGAAGAAGCAUCCGACGGCGAUCAGGUAUCAGGAUGUGCCGGAGAGCGAGUGGAAGUAUCAGAUGCUACUGUCGUAG